GUUCGCAUUGUUUCCAAUAAUAGGCAUUUCGGGCAUUUGCCGUAGCACAGCCCGGGAUUUAAAGGAGCCGCACGCUCGGCUACAAAAAAAGCCACUGAAUGGCCCAAGAAGAGCAGGGAGAGGCUUCAGCCCACUGGCUUUCCAAGCGGCAGCAGCCUUACCCCAGCCGUGCGGGGAAUGGCCGUGGCCCGGGCAAAACCACGGCAGAGAACAGCAGCUGCAGCUGAGCUCAGCGCCUGCGCUCCGCAGCCUUCCCGCGUACCCCAAGUCCCACCCUCGCAGCAGCGGGACCCGCUCCACGGACUGGGGGGUGGGCUCUGUGCAACCGAGACUGGCCGGAGCUGGGAUUCCGCGGACGGGAGCCGGCCAGCCGCCUCCCUGCCAAUCCUCUCCCAGCCCCUUCGCGCGCCCGGCCGGGCCAGCCCCUUCGAACCGCCGCUGAGCCGCCUGGCCGGCCCCCUCCGGUGCCAAGUGAGCGCGCAGCAGCUCCGGCUCCUCUCCGCCCCGCAGGGAGUGCCGCGGCAGCCGCCCGCCUCCUUCCUGCCUUGCCCGGCCCUGGGGCAGGGGAGAGGCCGUGCGCGCUCGGGCUGCCCCCGCCGACCCCGUCGCCAUGGGUGGGGAAAACGAGGCGGAAAGCCGGCAAGGCCCCGCCGACCGGACCAACGGCGAGGCGCCGCUCAACCUGUUGGACGCUUGCGGGGCGUGCGGCCAGCACAUCCAGAGCCGGCAGCCCAAGCUGCUGCCUUGCCUGCACUCGCUAUGCCUGCGCUGCCUGCCCCCGCCGCACCGCUACCUCAUCCUGCCGCCGCCCGCCGACCCCUCGCCCGGCAGCGGGGCCCCCAAAGACGCCCCCCUGCCGCCGCCGCCGCCGCCGCUCCUCCAGCCGGCCCCGGCCUCGCCGGGCUCCGCGCCGCCCUCGCCGCUGCACUGCAACCCGGUUGGUGUUAUUCGCUGUCCAGUUUGUGGCCAGGAAUGUGCAGAAAAACACAUUAUAGAUAACAUUUUUGUGAAGGAUACUACUGAGGUUCCCAGUAGUACAGUGGAGAAGUUAAAUCAGGUUUGUACAAGCUGUGAAGACAAUGCAGAAGCCAACGGCUUCUGUGUGGAGUGUGUGGAAUGGUUAUGCAAGACUUGCAUCCGAGCUCAUCAGAGAGUAAAAUUCACAAAAGAUCAUACAGUCAGACAGAAGGAAGAAGUAUCUCCAGAGGCUGUUGGUGUAACUAGUCAGCGACCUGUGUUCUGCCCUUAUCAUAAAAAGGAACAGUUGAAGCUCUAUUGUGAGACUUGUGACAAGUUGACCUGUCGGGAUUGCCAGUUGCUGGAACACAAAGAACACAGGUACCAGUUUAUAGAAGAAGCCUUUCAGAAUCAAAAGGUGGUAAUUGACACACUUGUUAUGAAGUUGAUGGAGAAAAGUAAAUACAUAAAACACACAAGUGAGCAGAUUCAGAACAGGAUCCUGGAAGUGAAUCGGAAUCAAAAGUUGGUAGAACAGGACAUUAAAGUUGCUAUUUUCACAUUGAUGGUAGAAAUAAAUAAGAAAGGGAAAGCUCUACUACAUCAACUAGAGUGUCUAGCUAAAGAACACCGGAUGAAGCUUCUGCAGCAACAACAGGAAGUGGCAGGGCUUUCUAAGCAGCUGGAACAUGUCAUGAAUUUUUCAAAGUGGGCGGUUUCCAGUGGUAGCAGCACAGCUUUAUUAUACAGCAAACGGCUGAUUACAUUUCGGUUACGCUAUCUCCUUAGAGCAAGGUGUGAUGCCUUACCUGUGUCCAGCAGCACUGUUCAGUUUCACUGUGAUCCUAGUUUCUGGGCCCAAAAUAUUUUCAACUUAGGUUCUCUGGUAAUUGAAGAUAAUGAGACCCCACCACAUAUGCCUAAAAGCCCUGUGAUGGAACCCAACAUGCAGGCACAAAGUGGCUUACCUUCAAAUCAACUAUCUAAGUUCCCAACACAGAUCAGUUUAGCUCAGCUGCGACUUCAGCACAUGCAGCAACAAGUCCUCGCUCAGAGGCAGCAGCAGGCUCAACGGAGGCCAGGUCGCGUGAUUCUCCCCAACCCUAGAAUUGCAGGGCCCGUGCACCAGACUCCUCCACCUCCACCACCACCUCAGCAACCCCCUCCACGUUUGGUUAACUUCCAGAAUCACAACCCCAGAUCAAAUGGCUCAGGUCCUCUUAAUCAGCCAAUGACACUGCCUCAGAAUCAGAAUAUAUCACAUCCAGUUGUGAGGCCAAAUCCACUACAGAUGGCAUUCUUGGCACAGCAAGCUAUUAAACAGUGGCAAAUCCACAGUGGGCAAGUUUCUGCUGCCCCCUCAAAUGCCAGCAGUACCACUUCAACUGCCUCCAGUCCCACUAUUAAUAGUGCUGCUGGAUAUGAUGGAAAGACAUUUGCUCCGCCCAUGAUAGAUCUGACUUCAACUAUGAGCGGAUCCUAUACGCUGCCUUCUCUUCCUGAUAUUGAUUGUUCGGGAACUAUUUCCUUGGAUAACAUUGGAAGGAGAGAUGUAGUUUUGGAGCAGAGCCAAUCCAAACCUCCUUCCCGCAAAACCGUCCAGUCCCCAAAUUCAUCUGUGCCAUCUCCAGGCCUUCCAGGGGCAGUUACUGUUUCGGCUAUCCAUCCUCCAAUUCGUUCACCCAGUGCCUCCAGCGUUGGAAGCCGAGGCAGCUCUGGCUCCUCUAGCAGGCCACCAGGUGCUGACUCAACCCAGAAGGCCCCAGUAGUCAUGUUGGAGCCCAUCAGAAUAAAACAAGAGUCUGGUAUGCCAAGUGAGAAUUACGAUUUCCCAGUUGUAAUCGUGAAGCAAGAAACAGACGAAUCCCGGAAUCAAAAUACCAGUUUUUCUAGAAACUUGCUUACCUCACUGCUGUUGAACAGCAACCGUAAUCACUCCUCUGAAGAAACCGUCUUGAGAACUGAAGCACCAGACAGUACAGGUGACCAGCCAUCCAGUGGCAAAGGAGUCUGGAUAGGGGCUGGUCAUAUUGGAGAUGGUAGAAAAGAAGAUGACCCCAAUGAGGACUGGUGUGCAGUGUGUCAGAACGGAGGAGAGCUGUUGUGCUGUGACAAAUGUCCUAAAGUGUUUCACCUUUCUUGCCAUGUCCCCACACUCAGGAAUUUUCCAAGUGGAGAGUGGAUUUGCACAUUCUGCCGUGAUUUGUCCAGACCACAAAUUGAAUAUGAUUGUGAUGGUCCUAUUCAUAUGUCCGAAGAAAAAAGAAAACUGGAAGGCAAUGUUGGAUUGUCUCCUAAAGAUCGGAGGAAGUGUGAAAGAUUACUGCUGUAUCUUUACUGCCAUGAAAUGAGCCUUGCUUUUCAAGAUCCUGUCCCUCCUACGGUGCCUGACUACUACAAAAUUAUCAAGAAGCCAAUGGACUUGUCAACAAUCAAAAAUAGAUUACAGGUUCAUCAUCCAUCAUACACAAAGCCGGAAGAUGUAGUAGCUGAUUUCCAACUGAUCUUCCAAAACUGUGCUGAAUUUAAUGAGCCUGAUUCAGAAGUAGCUGAUGCUGGCAUGAAACUGGAAGCUUACUUUGAGGAACUUCUGAAGAACAUUUACCCUGACAAAAAAUUCCCCGUCCAGCCCUAUAGCCAUGCCAGUAGACGUAGUCCUGAUUUAACGGACGACUCAGAUGAUGACUUUGUACAGCCCCGAAGAAAACGCUCCAAGGGGGAAGAGCGGCAGUUUUUUAAAUGAACUGGUUGUGUGAACUAAGGGUUUUUUAAAAUUUGAUAUUUAUCAGCAUUCAUUUUCUGGAGGAAAUUUGAGAUGACUUCUACAUCCGCAGUCCCUUACUGAUGCUCAUACUUUGCUGCUUUGUACUACUAAAAACUGAAGCACCUAGGAGAAUAUUUCUAUACAAUUUAUCCACUUUGGAAGCUCAAUCUACCACCACUCCAGAGUGAUCUUUGUUCAAAUCUUUUAUUAAAAAAAGAUUUGUUAAAAAAUAGUUGGAAUUGACUUUAAUGGCUUUUGCUGUUUCAAGGAAAUGUGAAUCCACCAGACAUUAGUUUACCAAAGGCAUGUGACUGGCUGUUAUGUCAAUUGUCUAUUUACCUGUAUAUACCAUUAGCCAUUGGGGGGGGGGGGGGGGGGCCUGAUUUGAUAUUGUUCUAGGAUUCCGAUUGAUACAAUGGAAUUGUAGUUGCCCCUAGAAAGUUACUUGUGCGCUCAAGUGUAAGGAGUGGAAAAAAUGAAUUAAAACACUUUGAAAAGUA